AUGGUGGCUCCGGCCUCCACUGUUCCACCUUCCAUGGCUGCUCAAUCCUCCAUGGGCCGCCAGCCCACUCGUUCGGCCAGCACCCACCCGUCGCAUUCGCACAAUGUGCCUUUGAGCGCUCGGAGAUCAGUGCCCCUGGAUCUCUCCACGGUUGAGCGCCGCGGCCAACCCAAUGCUCCUCGCGAGCCCUCCAAGCGCGUGCGCCCUCAUGGCUUGCCCGAAGCCCCGACUUUUCGGCCAACCGAGGAGGAAUUUAAGGAUCCCGUAGCAUACAUUCAAAAGAUUGCGCCGGAAGGAAGGAAAUAUGGAAUCUGUCGAGUGAUCCCUCCGGAGAACUGGCAGCCGCCCUUCGCGAUUGACACAGAGCGAUUCCACUUCAAAACCCGUCGACAAGAACUGAACUCGGUCGAAGGAGGAAAUCGCGCCAACAUGAACUAUAUCGACGGGCUUGCCAUGUUUCACAAGCAACACGGGACGAAUUACAGUCGCUUACCGAGUGUGGACAAACGCCCUCUGGAUCUCUACAAGUUGAAAAAGGCUGUCGAGGUGCGAGGGGGAUUCGAGUCUGUUUGCAAAACCAAGAAGUGGGCCGAAAUUGGUCGUGAUCUUGGCUACAGCGGAAAGAUCAUGUCGUCUCUAUCCACCUCGCUCAAAAACUCCUACCAGCGGUAUCUGCAGCCGUAUGAGGAGUACCUUGCCCGCGCCAAACCCGGCGUUCAACAACAGCUCGAACUGGAACAUGGUGGUCCUUAUACCCCGUCUCCGCGUCAGUCGCCCAUGACGAAGAAGCCCAGCUUGGAGGAGAAUGGCACCCCGUCCAAAGCUCGCGAUGGAACCCCUUCAAUGCGCAUGGCACCCGUGAUGAGUACCCCAAUUGAGAAGCCCGUCGAAAAGCCCACCCCCUCUGUGGAGCCCACGCCUCCCCCUCCCCCUCGUCCAGCGCCCUCCGGCUUUACUCCCGUCAAUGCUGGUGCAAGUGGUUUCACUGCCGUGAACCACUCUCCCGCGUUUACUCCGGUCAACAACGGUCCACCUAUCAAGCAUGAAGCUGCUGAUAAUGGGGUUUCAACCCCUAAAAGUGUCUCCGAUCAUCCCUCUCACUACACACCGGUGCCGAACGGGCUACCUGCACAGCCUGUGAAGCGUGCUAUCAGUCACGACGAGAGUGGCUCACAGGGUGAGAACGGUGAUGAUGGUGGAAGUGGGCGCCGUAGCAAGCGCCUCAAGAAAGAUAUGCCACCGAUGGUGGCCGGGUCUCAUAUGUCUCUUCUUCGACCUGCACCACCUAAAGGUCGCAAUGGGGCGCAAAGAACCGGAGAUAAAUGCGAGUCUUGUGGAAAGUCCGACAAUCGUUCGACAAUCCUUGUAUGCGACAGCUGUGAACUUGGCUACCAUACUACUUGUCUGGAUCCCACUACCACCUCCCCCGCUGAUCACGAUUGGCAUUGCCCGAAGUGCUUGGUUGGCACUGGAGAGUUCGGUUUCGAGGAUGGCGGUGUUUACUCGCUCAAGCAAUUCCAAGAAAAGGCCAACGAGUUCAAGAAGCGGUACUUCGCCUCAAAGAUGCCGUUUGAUCCAGUGCUCAACACCCACCGACGGGAAACCGAGGAUGAUGUUGAGGCCGAAUUCUGGAAAUUGGUAGUGGAUCUGCAUGAGACGGUAGAAGUCGAGUACGGCGCGGAUAUCCACUCUACUACUCAUGGUAGUGGCUUCCCAACCAUCGAGCGCAACCCUCUUGAUCAGUAUUCAUCUGACCCUUGGAACUUGAAUGUUCUGCCGUUCUACGGCGAUUCGCUCUUCCGUCACAUCAAGUCUGAUAUCUCUGGCAUGACUGUGCCGUGGGUCUAUGUUGGAAUGUGCUUUUCGACUUUCUGCUGGCAUAAUGAGGAUCAUUACGCCUAUUCUGCGAACUAUCAACACUUUGGCGCUACCAAGACUUGGUACGGUAUUCCCGGUGCCGACGCCGAGGCGUUUGAGAAUGCCAUGCGGGAGGCAGUCCCGGAGUUGUUCGAGGGCCAGCCCGAUCUUCUUUUCCAGCUUGUGACGUUGAUGCCCCCCGACAAACUCCGCAAGGCUGGUGUCAACGUUUACGCGGUGGACCAAAGAGCAGGCCAGUUUGUCCUUACUUUCCCUCAAGCCUACCACGCAGGUUUCAACCACGGAUUCAACUUCAACGAGGCUGUCAACUUUGCGCCUGCGGACUGGGAGCCAUUCGGCGCCGCGGGAGUCGAGCGCCUUCAGACUUUCCGCCGACACCCGUGCUUCUCUCACGACGAACUGCUUUUCACAGCGGCUGCACGAGACAACUCCAUUACAACGGCUAAAUGGCUUGCCCCUGCGCUUGAGCGAAGCACCAACAGGGAAUUGAACGAUCGGGCAACAUUCAUAGCUCGCCAUCGAGAUAUGGCACCUCAUAACUGCGGUCUUGGCGCCAACCCCCCUAAAGGUGAUUGUCAGCUUAAGUUCGUAGUAGAAGAGGAGGACCUUCCAGAGGAUGAUUACCUGUGUCAGCACUGCAAGGCCUACACUUACCUCACCCAGUUCCGUUGCCACAAGUCAGGCAAGACACUCUGCCUGAUGCAUGCUGAGGUCUAUGACUGCUGUGGUGAACCCCCAUCACAGAAGCUACUCGGACCUGGACACACACUUCGCUACCGCAUGAGUGACGAUCAGCUCAAAUUGACCGUGCAAAAGGUCCAGGAACGCGCCAGAAUUCCGGAAAUUUGGGGAGAGAAGCUCGACAAGACCUUGGAGGAUGAGCCCAAGCCUCAGCUAAAGGCUCUCCACAAUUUGCUCAGUGAAGGUGAGAAAAUCCCGUACCACCUGCCUGGCCUCCAAGAUCUUGCGGCGUUCGUCCAGCGCUGCGAUAAAUGGGUUGAGGAAGCCAACAAUUACAUCACCCGGAAGCAGCAGAACCGGAGAAAAAACGAGAAGGCGUGGCGCAAACCUGGCUCCAAGGCGGCGCAGCUGGACGAUCGCGACCAAGCAGUCCGCAAAGUGGAGAACAUCUACGCCCUUCUGGCAGAGGCUGAUAAACUUUCCUUCGACUGUCCACAGAUGGCGGCCCUGGAAGAGAAAACCCGCGAAAUCGAGAAAUUCCGCCAGGACCUUAACCUUGCCUUAAGAAACCCGCAUACGCGAUCGGCCCAGGAAAUCGAGGAGCUCGUUGAAGCCGGCCGAAACUUCAACGUCGAAAUUCCAGAAGUGGAACACCUGGAAAAGAUCCAUCAACAAAUGAAGUGGACCGAAGAGGCUGCUCGUAAACGGGAGAAAUACCUCACCCUCCAGGACUGUCAGGAUCUCAUCGCCUCUGGAGAGCAACUUGGUCUCAAGGAUACCAACGAGCAUCUGCUUCAUUUCAAGGAAAUGUCUCGCCACGGUGAAGCCUGGGAAGCCAAGGCCAAGGAGUUGAUGGCUGUUGAAGCGGUUCAUUACCAACAGCUGGAGGCGCUCUCCGCACAAGCCUCUCGAUUCCCUGUAUCCCCUGACACCCUUGCCGCCGUUGAUGCCAUCUUGACCAAGCAACGGGAAGCGCAGAAGCGGAUUCAGACGCUCUAUGAGAAGAGCAAAGACCCGGAGCUGAAGAACCGUCCCAAGUACAAGGAUGUUCGUGAACUCACGGAGUCUCUGGAGCAGCUGAACAGUCGGCCGAUCGGGGCGAUUGACCUGGAACGCGAGCAGAAGCGUCACGAGGAUUGGAUGAGAAAGGGCAAGAAACUCUUUGGCAAGGCCAAUGCUCCUCUGCAUAUCCUAAAGUCGCACAUGGAGUACGUGGAGAAGCGAAACUCUUACUGCUUUGAUUUGGAGGAUAGCUAUCGGCCGCCCGUGGAGCCCUCGUCUCGGGACAACACCCCUGACGGGCUCCUUGAGACUCCUGCCCCUAACGUGUGGGGUCCGAAGUCCCGAAAGCGUGAUGUCUUUUGCAUCUGCCGUCAUUCCGAAGCUGGAAUGAUGAUUGAGUGCGAAGUCUGCCAUGAAUGGUAUCAUGGAAAAUGCUUGAAGAUUGCGCGCGGCAAAGUCAAGGAAUUCGACAAGUACACCUGCCCCAUCUGCGACUGGCGGCAGAAGAUCCCUCGCGAUGCAGCCCGGCCUAAGCUCGAGGAUCUGCUGGAUUGGCAAGCCGAAAUGGCUAGUCUGCCCUUCCAGCCAGAUGAGGAAGAGGUUCUGGACAGAAUAAUCAAUCAAGCUACAGCCUUCCGUGAUUUCCUUCAUAGUUUCACCAACGCUGCGUGUACCACUACUGAGGAAGUGCCGACGUUGAUUUUCUAUCUGCGAAAGAUUGAGGGUGCCGAAGUCCUGCUGGCUUAUGAGACCAACUUUUUCCGCCAGGAGAUUCACAAGUGGGCUCCCGUUGCACCGGAGGCGCCUCCAAUCCUCGAGCAGUCCCUGUCAACGCGUAAGCCGCGUCCGACUAAGCAGCAGAAGAUUAUGGCUCAGCUUGGCGUUGACCGACCAGAGGAUCUUCCUGAGCAUCUCCGCGCCAAGCUCGCGGCGGCAGGCAAGCGAAAGUCGAUCGAUGCUCAAACGUCUCGACCCGGCUCUCUACAGCCUGUGCCACCGCCUUCCAGUAACGGCGUGCCCACCACAACUGGGCCCACGUUGACUCCAAUGCCGGAUGCUACUGCGGCUUCAUAUCCUUUCUCUGCCAAUUACUCUCUUCCCGCCAGUGACUCUACCCCAGCAUUUGCGCCAACGUCCUCUUCUGCGUUCCUACCGGCUGCCGCGGCCUCUGAAUCUCCCUCCUUCCUCCCUCGGUCGCCCACGCCGCAGCAGGGUAUGGAGCCUCUAUUCAGUCCUCCACGAUUCGGUCGCGAUGCACCUUUCGCUAGCAGCAGUCCUCGUCAGAACUUGGAUGAUGUCUUCGCGGAUCUCACGAAUCAAGAAGAGGUCGAGCCCGAGUCUGAGCCGAUGGAGAACCUUCACGCGACUGAAGCCCUGGAGGCUCUCAACGCUAGCAAUGGCAGCAGCCGUGCGCCAUCACCCAAUGACGAUGCAGCUCCGAACGGGGAGACGCAGACCACCACUGCUACUGCCGCGGAGACGAACGAGGAUCCCGAGUCCGAGCUAUGA